GAUGAAGGCGUUUUCUGUAAGGGAGAGUUUAUUAAUAAGAGCCGCGACGUCCGGUCUGAACAUUAACCGCAUAGCUGUACGGUUUUUGGAAUCAUAAUAACCGUAUCUUUCAUAUCGGGCGAAAAAAUAAUUAAGUUGUUAAACUGACACGCCUUUAUUGGGUUAGAUUCCCACACGGCCGUAUUUACACGUUACUGCAUCUAACCUGUGUCUAAACGGAAGACCGAUGCCACAAAAUGUUUUCACUGAAAAAUACUGGCGGCUGCAGCGGUUAAAAACACUGUACAAUGUUUAUUUUGCAUUUGUGAAAUUAUUUUGUUGUGCUAUCAAAAGUCGAGCGAUUUAUGUUUCAAGAACCGUACCGCACUCGAUUCACGUUUAGAUGGGAGUCUUUGGCUGUUUUGGCAUCCAGAGACAUUAUUUUAAUUUACCCUUGUAAGAACAAAUUCUUAUUUUCAAUGACAGCCUAGGAACAGUCGGUUAACUGUCUGUUCAGGGGCAGAACGACAGUCAGCUUGGGGAUUUGAACUUGCAACCUUCCAGUUAUUAGCCCAACAUUCUAACCACUAGGCUACUUUGCCGCCCCUUAAACAGAACAUCUAAAUUCUUUGGACUAUGGAGUUAGGCUCAUUUAGUCCAAUAUCUGGCUAAAGAUUAUGGCAUACAUGCAGUGGUAUUGUAACAAUGUGAUGAUCAUGUGGUUCAUUAUGUUAAAUAUUCAAAUCCUCACAGAUUACUGCACCUGUACAUAGCCCACCUAUAAUUUAGCCCAAACAACUACCUCUUUCCCAACUGUAUUUAUUUUAUUUAUUUAUUUAUUUUGCUCCUUUGCACCCCAUUAUUUUUAUUUAUACUUUGCACCAUUCUUCCAUUGCAAAACUACCAUUCCAGUGUUUUACUUGCUAUAUUGUAUUUACUUUGCCACCAUGGCCUUUUUUUGCCUUUACCUGCCUUCUCACCUCAUUUGUUCACCUUGUAUAUAGACUUGUUUAUACUGUAUUAUUGACUGUAUGUUUGUUUUACUCCUCUGUGUAACUCUGUGUCGUUGUAUCUGUCGAACUGCUUUGCUUUAUCUUGGCCAGGUCGCAAUUGUAAAUGAGAACUUGUUCUCAACCUGGUUAAAUAAAGGUGAAAUAAAAAUAAAAUAAAAAAAGCAGGUAGCCUAGUGGUUGGAGCGUUGGACUAGUAACCGAAAGGUUGCAAGAUCAAAUCCCCGAGCUGACGAGGUACAAAUCUGUCAUUCUGCCCCUGAACAAGGCAGUUAACCCACUGUUCCUAGACCAGUUAACCCCACUGUUCCCCGGUAGGCCAUCAUUGUAAAUAAGAAUGUGUUCUUUAUUUAGUUAAAUAAAUGUUGUUUUUAAAAAAAAUAUAUUAUUGCCUUAUUUUACAGGUUUCGGGGAGUGAUCAGAAGUCAUCAUAAAACACCCCAUCUUGCCAAAUGGAUGAUGAUCUAAAACCUCUGGAUUUCAUAAAGGACUUUCAAGAGUACCUGACGCAGCAAACGCACCAUGUCAACAUGAUCUCGGGCUCUGUCGGUGGGGAGAUAGAGCCCGACCACCUCCAAGCCGUAGCAGCUCUCCCAGACAGUGAUCAUCACAAUGGGUCCGUGGAAGUCUCUCUGGACGACGGCUCUGGGCUGCUGGUGGACGGCUUCCAGAGGACCUUCGACGGCAAGCUCAAGUGUAGCUACUGCAGCUACGCCAGUAAAGGCACCGCUCGCCUGAUAGAGCACAUCAGAAUUCACACAGGAGAGAAGCCUCACCGCUGCCAGCUGUGUCCCUUUGCCUCUGCCUACGAGCGCCACCUUGAGGCCCACAUGCGCUCCCACACGGGAGAGAAGCCCUACAAGUGUGACCUCUGCUCCUUCCGUUGCAGCGACCGCAGCAACCUGUCCCACCACCGCCGGCGCCGCCACAAGCUUUUACCCAUGAAGGGGGCGGGGCUGCCCGCCUUCCUGUCCAACAAGAAGAUGCUGAACGUCCUACAGAAGAAGAGUGGCAGCUCCCUGGGCCUGGGAGGCUACAGCAGACACCUCCUCAUCAACUUCAGCCCUCCCUCCAUGGUGGUGGGGAAACCAGACUACCUGAACCACGAGGGGUACGAGAGCGAUGUGAAGGACCAUGGGACUGGAGGAGGAGGAGGAGCCAGCAGGGAUGUCAACAGUGACAUGAUGGUGGACAACAAUCCUCUGAACCAGCUGUCUACGCUGGCAGGCCAGUUGUCCAACCUCCCCCCAGUGGACCAGACCCCUGUGUCUCCUGACAGACUGUCCUGUAACGACGUUAAGCCGUUCCUCAUCCAGCAGGCCUCCGGUGCACCGAUUGCAGUGUCAGUAUCUUUGUCCACCAGUCAAAGUGGUGCCCACCACCACCACUACCACCACCACCACCACCAGACCUCCUCCCCAACCGGCCCCGAGGACCUCCAACCGCCUGCAGGCCAUAGCAGGAACUACAGCCCCAGCCCUGUGGACCCAGAACCCAGCAGUGAGCACAGUGCACACACACGCACCAGCUCAGCGAGCAUUAGUAACAGCCAGCCCAGUACCCCUGCCCUGCUCGGUAGCACACAGCACCCAGACCCACAGAUGCUGCACAGCUGCCAGCACUGCGACACCUACUUCUCCGACAACAUCCUGUAUACCGUUCACAUGGGUUGCCACGGCUACGAGAACCCUUUCCAGUGUAAUGUCUGCGGCUGUGAGUGCAGGAACAAGUAUGACUUCGCCUGCCACUUCGCUCGCGGGCAGCACACGCAGUGACUGACUUCCACGGUAACCCGGGAGAUGAAUUCGAACGAUGUUUGGCGGCUCACAGAGAGAAUUAACUUAUUCCCGUGUUUAUGAUAAUCAGGGAUCAGAGCGAUUCUGAUCUAGAUUUUAUUGUAUAGUUUUUUUUUUUUUUUAUGAUAUAACUUAGAGAGUGAGUGUUACUUUGAAAUGAGGAAUUGAUGUUUUUAUAAAUGGGAACGCAAUCUGGAGGUUGGAGACAUUUAUCACGUGUCCUCCUCGGUGCCGUCUGAGAAUUUAAAGAAAGUCACUUCUUAUUUUUAAAAUGUAACCUUUUAUUUAACGAGGCAAGUUGGGUUAAGAACAAAUUCUUAUUUACAAUGACGGCCUACCCCCCUGGGGCCAAACCUUGACGAGGCUGGGCCAAUUGUGUACUGCUCUAUGGGGAUCCUAAUCACGGCCGGAUGUUAUACAGCCUGGAUUUGAACCAGGGACUGUUGUGACGUCUCUUAGCACCUUGAUGCAGUGCCUUAGACCGCUGCGCCACACGAGAGCCCGACUCUGAAUUAGUUACAUACAUAUUGGUGAUGUUACAUGCGAGUGACUAAACUCAUAGUUUAAAUAGCGAUUAGCAAGGUAUCUGUGACUAGAGUUUAAACAGUUUUGGCCUUAUCUUUUAUUUUAAUUUAUUUUAUUUGACCUUUUUUUAACCAGGUAGGCUAGUUGAGAACAAGUUCUCAUUUACAACUGCGACCUGGCCAAGAUAAAGCAAAGCAGUGCGACACAAACAACAACACAGAGUUACACAUGGAAUAAACAAACAUUCAGUCAAAAACACAAUAGAAAAAGUCUACAUACAGUGUUGUGUAAAUGGUGUGAGGAGUUAAGGCAUGAAGCAAGUACAAGCCCAUUGGUCCAAAUAGGUGCUCAUCAACAUUGACAAACAGACAGGCUUUAUUAUACAUUGUGUAUAGUAGUGUCUCACUUUGUUGUGAGUGUAAAAACGUAACAUUAUAUCAACGGCUUGAAGUGAAUGACAUCUGUGCAUAUUGAUGCUUUCAGCUUAGACAUUAUUUCACUCUGUAAUUUACUCUGCACUGUUCCACAUUCAGAUUGAUUCCAUGUGUUCUCUGUUCCACAUUUAGAUUGAUUCCAUGUGUUCUCUGUUCCACAUUCAGAUUGAUUCCAUGUGUUCUCUGUUCCACAUUCAGAUUGAUUCCAUGUGUUCUCUGUUCCACAUUCAGAUUGAUUCCAUGUGUUCUCUGUUCCACAUUCAGAUUGAUUCCAUGUGUUCUCUGUUCCACAUUCAGAUUGAUUCCAUGUGUUCUCUGUUCCACAUUCAGAUUGAUUCCAUGUGUUCUCUGUUCCACAUUCAGAUUGAUUCCAUGUGUUCUCUGUUCCACAUUCCAGUUGAUUCCAUGUGUUCUCUGUUCCACAUUCAGGUUGAUUCCAUGUGUUCUCUGUUCCACAUUCAGGUUGAUUCCAUGUGUUCUCUGUUCCACAUUCCGGUUGAUUCCAUGUGUUCUCUGUUCCACAUUCCGGUUGAUUCCAUGUGUUCUCUGUUCCACAUUCCGGUUGAUUCCAUGUGUUCUCUGUUCCACAUUCCGAUUGAUUCCAUGUGUUCUCUGUUCCACAUUCAGAUUGAUUCCAUGUGUUCUCUGUUCCACAUUCCGGUUGAUUCCAUGUGUUCUCUGUUCCACAUUCAGAUUGAUUCCAUGUGUUCUCUGUUCCACAUUCAGAUUGAUUCCAUGUGUUCUCUGUUCCACAUUCCGGUUGAUUCCAUGUGUUCUCUGUUCCACAUUCCGGUUGAUUCCAUGUGUUCUCUGUUCCACAUUCAGAUUGAUUCCAUGUGUUCUCUGUUCCACAUUCCGGUUGAUUCCAUGUGUUCUCUGUUCCACAUUCAGAUUGAUUCCAUGUGUUCUCUGUUCCACAUUCCGGUUGAUUCCAUGUGUUCUCUGUUCCACAUUCAGAUUGAUUCUAUGUGUUCUCUGUUCCACAUUCAGACAUCCUCUGUUGCUGCCAAUCCCAUAAUUUCUUACCUUCAGCUAGCCUUACUGAUUCAUAUUACCUGGUGCUCUUUAGCUAAUACCUCCUCAAUGAACAAUGAUCUGGAGCUGAAAUACCAUUUGCGUUCCGAGACAAAUCAUUCGGACUUGGAUAAAUCGUAUUUCAUCAAAAGGCCAAAGUAUUCUUCUGAACCUGUUUUUAAAAAGUAUUUCAAAGUAUUUCACAUAAAAGUUGUAGCAGUGUUGGAAAAUGAUUGUGGUCCUUACAGUCAAAAACGAAAAACACCA